AUGCAUUCGCCUGUAACCCCGGUUCGACUCCGGGCGUGGGAGUUCUUUUUGCUCUUGACAUUCCAAGUGUUUGAUCGAUCCAUCAUGGCCGACACUCAAGACCACAACUGCGAAUCGACAUCAUCGGCCCCAGCAAUCGAUGCUGGAACGGUCGACAUCUUCCUCCUCUGCUAUCUGCCAUCGCCGUUGUUCCACGCACACUGGGCGGUUUUCGUACCAGACCAAGCAAGACCGACAUGUGGCACUGUGGUCAACGUUCGAGGCGAUCCUCUGAACGGCUUCGCGCAUGAGUUCGAGAGGGGAUACAUUCCCAGCGAGGACCCAGAGAAACCGCCGAAAGUGCUCAAUUUGGGGGCGAUAGCAAAGAACCUCAUCGAAUUCGAGAGGCCUGUGCCAGAUGGCAAAGAUGCCACGGCAUGCAAUCAGCUGGAACGGCUGGCACUGUCAGUCGACGCGCCUGGACGAAGCCUCGGCCGGGGCGCCUCGAAAGAUGGCCGCGUACGUCUGGAAAUCCGUGACUGCCAGUGGUGGGUUCGUCAGCUGAUAUCAUCCAUGAUCGAGCAAGAGAUAAUCUCCAGGGAUGCACAGCGCGUUCUAGACGACGCACCUCAGCACUGA